AUGAAGCGCUUUGGACCCGACGAUGCUCUGCCACAGGACCUGCGGAAGCUGCAUGAGCUGCUCCGCGAAGACCUCUCUUCUCUGUUUCACAAGCAGGAGGUAAAGAUGCGCGAGUUGUUGAAGGUUCCUGGUCAACAGAGGCCAUACGCGGACGUUCAUGAUCGGAACUUCUCGUCCGACAACUUGCCACCAAAUUUUGGCAACGAAGUGCCCGAUGACCUUGCAGCCGAGAUGCUGCCGGAAGGAUCUAAGCUGCCACCUCGGCCGACCAGCACGGCCAAGCAGAUGCCGACCGAGUCCGGCACCGCCGGCACUUGGGCGGUCAGAGCCGACAGCAGCAGCUGCUCACCGGACUCCUGGGUGUCAUGCCUGACCAUGGGAGCGGGUACACUGGAGACCCACAGGAGGCCCUUGUCCCCGGCACCGUCCAAGAUGGCCACGAGCCACCGGGCCAGCACGAUCUGCCUGCCGAUGCAGUUGCGAAAAGGAGCAUGCACGGCGUUUGAAAUUCAUGCGCAGGAGGAAGAUCCAGCGCUGAAAGAGAUCCGGAUGAAAAAUGGGUUUAUGGGUGCCUGCAGCUCAGAAACACCGGUGGCAGCUCGCUGUCCGGAUCCGCAAAAGAGAUCGCAAGAGCAUGGAACAUGCGAACCCCCGCAGGGUCCUCAUGACAAAGAGACGCGGCUGGAUGAAGAAUUGCCCGAUCCUUGGUUGUCUGCUGUCAUACUGCACAUACUGCAGUUGUUCAUGUCGUGGACGGACACCUGCAGCGCUCAGAUACAACGUCACCAACUUCUACAAGACGACGGGUUGUUCUCAGGCCAUAGCUUCCUGGCCGCAGCUACCGUUACAACCUGGAACGGGAGGGACGUUGCCGUUGCACGAAGCGAGAAGUUUGAGCGGCUUACCCUGCUCGUCAUUAGUAUCAACGCUGUAUACAUCGGUGUGGAUGCCGAAUUCAAUCCAGCGGAGACGAUGCUGGAUGAGAACGCCGUGUGGCCCUUUCAGGUCUGCGACAACCUUUUUUGUACCUUUUUUACUUUCGAGCUUCUCAUUAGAUUUUCAGCUUUCGCGUUGAAGAGAAACUGUCUGCGUGACAAGUGGUUCGUCUUCGACACGUUGCUGGUCUUGCUCAUGAUCGCGGAGACAUGGGUAUUGACGAUCAUCAUUGCCGUCAUGGGAGCGAGCACGUCCAUGCCCACAGGUCCUUUACGACUGCUUCGGCUGCUACGCCUUAGCCGCUUGGUGCGCCUAAUACGAUCAGCUCCGGAGCUGCUGACCCUCAUCAACGGCAUGCGAGUGGCUUCUAGGGCUGUCUCCUCUGCCUUGCUGCUGAUCGGUUUGAUCACCUAUGUGUUCGCUAUUGUCUUGCUCAUGUUCCUGAAGCCAGUUGCUGAGAACGACGACAAAAUAGCGGAAGCCUUUGGCACCUUGGGUUUCUGCAUUUGGACGCUCAUACUGGAUGGGACCUUCAUGGAUGGAACCAAAGACAUCGUCAACGACCUGAGGGAGCAUUGGAUGCUGGGCUGGGCAAUGAUCUUAAUCUUCUUUGCGUACGUGUUGCUGACAAACGUGACGGUUAUGAAUAUGCUGAUCGGCAUCCUGUGCGAAGUUGUGUCUGAAGUCAAACGAGGAGACGAGGAGGGUCUCGCGAUCGACUUCAUGAAGGGACACCUUCGGUCAAUGCUGACGGAGCUCGACAAGGAUGGCAACGAAAAUAUCUCGAAGAUGGAACUGGCCGCCGUCGUUGAAGAUGAGAAGGCCCAGAAAGUUCUCUCCGAACUUCAGGUCAAGCCUGAGGAUGUAAUCGACUUGACGGAGUACCUCUUCGAGCAAGACCAGGAUGCCGGACGAGAGCAAGAAGUCACACGCGAAGAGCUCCUGGAAGUGAUUCUGAAGAUUCGUGGUGGCCGAGAGAUCUCUAACCAGGACAUCAUCGACGUUCGCUGUGAUGCUUGUCUGCAGCAUGCCGACAUUCGGCGAAUCGUCCAGCGGCAGACCGGCUUGGUCUUGAGGGAAAUGGGGCAUCUUUGUCGGCGGAUUGGGAGAAUCGAAGACCGCUUCUGGCAACUGGGCAGCCGAUGCUGUCUUUGA